AUGGACUUUGUCGCCACGAGCCCAGAGGCAUACUUUCAAGGCCGGGUCGACCACAUGCUGCACGUGUCGUUUCUUUCAGACCAGUUCUAUCAGGCGCUUUUGUCGGGUCGAAACGCCGUUGACCGGCGACGGAACCACGUCGUGGUCGUGCCGGCCCGGUCCAUCGUCAGUAUCGACUUUAGAACCUGGCACAAUGGCGGAACGGCUGAUACGGGUUUCCAUCACUUUGACCGACCGGCCGAGCUGGCGGGCAAUGGACCCGUGUCGGUGCGACUUGCCCACUGGGGCGGCCUGCUCUUCAUGGCGGUUGAGUUUUCUGGGCCAGAUCGAGGAAUCAACCCUCUUCAGGACGAGGAAAUCACCAACACCUAUGGGCCCGCAUGUCUGAUGAAGCUAUUGAAAAAGAUGUGGGAGACCUACGACUCGCUCAGUCUCCUGCUGUGGCUUUAUCCCGCCACUCUCCCGGACGAAUUGCCGCCGGGUAGGUUGUUGGAUUCGUGGUCACGACAAUUGGACGCCGUCCAUGGCGCCCUGGCCGCGUCCAUGACAGGCACGGCUUCCGAGUACCUCCACCAGCGCGUCAUGGAAGCGGCCAAGGGCGACGAGUACGUCCAAGACGCAAACAUUGACGACGUGUACGAAGUCAUCGGGCUCCAUCGCAAAACCGACGUGUUCCUGAAUGCUCUACGGGUGGAACGAGACGUCGACAAUAGGCUUCGGAUCUGGGUCUCGUACCGUGACGACUUAUCCUUCCUACUGGCCAAAAUGGAGAAAUGCAUGUAUCUGAUGAAAGGUAAUAUGGAGAUGGCUUAG